AUGUCGACCGCGGUUUCCCCUAGUGAGGCCGACAAGCAGCUUCUCGAGUCAGGCAAUUUUGCCGACACCACAGUCAGGUUGGGCGAUCGCGUCUGGAAGCUCCACAAGAGUGUUCUCUGUACUCGCUCCGAGUGGUUCAAGCGAGCCCUCUGCGGCAAGUUUAUUGAGGCGGAAAAGAACGAGGUCGUCUUGUCCAAGGAGGAGGACCCUACAACAAUUGACCAAAUGUUCUACUGGAUGUACGCCAGAGAGCUGAUGCCCUGCGUCUUCGACGACGAGAGCCAACUAUACGUCGCUUGCAUCAAGCUCUACCAUGCAGCCGACUAUUUCAUGCUGGAACCACUCAAAGUCGUAGUCUCGAACCACCUGAGCGCCCGCCUGCGCGCCAAGGCCAACGCUGCUCAGAAGCAGUUCUGCACACCCGUCACCAGCAACGUCGCCACCAGCCCCAACUUCUUCAAUGGCCCUAGCGCCGUCGGCCUCUUCAACGUCUUCAAUAGCCCCAACGUCGUCAACGACCCCAGCACCGCCAACAACACCAACAACACCAACAACACGAACCUCACGGUCGACUACAAAGGCUUCGCCGACGGCCUCGAGCUGGCUUUCCUGAACUGCCGCUUCGACGAGCUCUUCCACAAGUUUUUCCACUUCUUCGAGGCGACCCACCUCUGGGUUCUGACCGACCCCAACUUCAAGUCGGUUGUUCUGCAGCGCGUGCCCGAGCUGGCCAUCGACAUCCUUGAGAUGGUCCGCGACGGCGUCCGCGGCAAGACCUAUCACCCCGAUCUCCUACCCCCCGCCAAGUGUCGAAGCUGUCGCCGCGUGCCCUGGAGCUGGGACAGCUUCUAUUGGGGCGAGAUCCGCAUCAAGGCUAAUGGAAAGCUUUCAGCUUCUUGCUGCCUCUGUACGCCUGGUAAGAAGAUCUGAGUGGUAUUUUUGGG